AUGAAGAGAUUUAGAAGGCGGGCGGAAGCUGAAGAACGCACUCGCGUGAUCCAGAUAACUCAGGAGGUGUUGCAAGAACAGGCAUGGCAAGAAAGGGCCCACUCGUUGGAAGCAGAGAAGGAGAACGAUCAAAGAAACGAUGCCCUAUGUGAGAGGAUAAGGGAAGUGACAGUGCAAUUGCCAGAGGCAAACUGGCAGGUUGAGAGGCAAGAGAAACUCCUACGACAGAAGGAGAGAGACCUGCAGAUAAGGGCCGAAAAAGCGGCGCGGAUGGCGAGGCUCGUCCAGGAAGGCAAAGACGCGACCGAAAAGCGCGAAUCCGACAGGAAAGACGCCGAGGUCAGGUUCCAGCGCCUGCAGAAGGAUGUAGAAGACAUCACGAAGGAAACGUAUGGACUCCAUUGUGAAGUUCAGGUUGGAAAACUCAAGAGGAACGAAAUCAUCGCUUCAAGUCGCUGGAUAGGAAGACUGGUGUCCAGGACGAACGGAACGACCAGUUGGAAGAUGAGGUUGGACAGGUGCGAGGAGCGAAGGAGAAAUUGGUUUGCCAGCUCAAGAACCUCCAGGGGAGAAGGACAACUGGAAAAUGAAGGAGCAGCCGUCCAUCUUCAAAGAAUGGCGCGAUCAAGUCUAAGCUGGCCUCACGAAGAGGGAUCAGAUGAGAAGGAGCAGAGGAUUCAGAGAAGCCAAGGAGGAUUGAGGAUUGCAGGAUUAUGGCAUUUUCUGGAUGUAGGUCUAAGCAGAGAUGUUGCUCUCUUCAGGGACGGCGGGCGAGGCGCCCGCCACAAGUCCCGGGAACGGGCGGGCGAGACGCCGGCCACGGGUCCCGGGAACGGGCGGGCGAGGCGCCGGCCACGGGUCCCGGGAAAACGGGCGGGGGAGGCGCCGGCCAUCCGGUCCCGGGAAAGAACGGGCGGGGCGGGCGUCGGCCACGGGUCCCGGGACGGACGGGCGGGCGAGGCGCCCGGCCACGGGUCCUCGGGAACGGGAGGGGCGAUGGCGCCGGGCCACGGGUCCCGGGAACGCAGCGAGGCGCCGGGCCACGGGUCCCGGGGUGGGAACGGGCAGGCGCGCCGCCACGGCCCGGGUCCCGGGAACGGGCUGGUGAGGCGUUCGGCCACGGGUCCCCGGGAACGGGCGGGGCGAGGCGCCGGCCUCGGGUCCCCGGGUAACGGGCGGGUGAGGCCCGCCAGGUGUCCGGGACGGGCGGGCGAGGCCCGCCAGGUUGUCCCGGGACGGCAGGCGAGGCCCGCCAGGUGUCCCGACGGGCGGGCGAGGCCCGCCAGGUCUUCCCGGGACGGGAGGGCGAGGCCCGCCAGGUGUCGGGCCCGGGACGGGCAGGCGAGGCCCGCCAGGGGUGUCCGGAACGGGCGGGAGGGCGAGGCCCGCCAGGGUGUCCCGGGACGGGCGGGCGAGGCCGCCAGGUGUCCCAGGGACGGGCGGGCCUCGCCCGCCUAG